AUUUGGUGUUUGUCGAUUUUAAUUCCUUGGGCAAUAAAAUAAUUCUAUGUGACAGUUCAUUACAGGCCUUUCAGCGGCCUAGCGUAUGAUCUUUAGGGCAUUUAGAAGGCGACCCCUGCUUUUCUUGGCGCGCUUAGUGUCAUCGAUGGCCCAAGCUCAAAAAGUUCCCUAGCGCUUUCUUACGAUCGCCGAGCAUCUUCAACAUUUCCAUGUAACAAUUUUAUUUUUCGUCGCAUUUCCCCUACGAACAAGUACGAAUAAACCAUAGUUUAAUUGUUGCAAUACGCGCUUCAAUAAACCAUGGCUCAAGAACAAUUAAUAGACGAAGACUAUGCCUCCGAAGAAGACUCUGAUUUCGCGCCCGACGCGGCACCUCAAGGAGACGGCGCGGAAGCCUCCGAAUCCGAAGAUGAAGAAGUCCAAUUAGUCGCAGUGCCGAAUCGAAAACGCAGUGCUGACGCAGCCGCCGGCGACGAAGAUUUCGGAAAUUCAGGUGAUGAGGCGAUAAUACAAAGAGGGAAGAAACGGCAAAAGAAGAGUAAACGAAAAGAUGGCUCUGCGGAAGAUGACGAAGGCGGCGAGGGUGGGCUGAUUAAGACCCGGAGUAUGCGAGCGAACGAGAAGGCAGAGAAGAAAACACGCGUCGUUAAUGGGCCGGUUACCGUUGAUGUUGAUGAUUUAUGGGCGAAGAUGACGGCGGACCCGGUGAUACCUUCUAAGACGGACGCGGAGAAGGAAAACCAGCGGCCGACACAAGACGAGAGCUUAGAUGCAUCGUCUAAAGGCAUACGGGACAAAUCACAGACAGAAAAACCUGGUCCUGGCGAGCCGGGGGCUAUGAUCAAGAUAAAACGUACAUACAACUUCGCUGGAAAGGUUCACACGGAAGAGAAAUUGGUACCACGCGAUUCGGCUGAAGCAACACUGUACCUCGCCUCUCAAGAUCCGAAGGCGGCUGCAGAAGCCGAAGCCGAAGAUGGCCAACCUAGACGGAAACCUCGAAAAGCAUUCCGGUCUAUCUUCGAGCCGGUAAUUGAAGGCAUAUCACAACGCGCGGAUCUAAACCUCGGCAUGACCGCGCGAUUAAAACUACGUGAACAAGCCAAGGCUAAGAAGUUGAAUGUGGUGGAGAAGAGUCGUAUGGACUGGGCAGGCUUCGUCGACAAGGAGGGCAUCAAGGAUGAGCUCGAAUUGGCUGGCAAGUCCAAAGAGUCUUUUGUUAACAGGCAAGACUUCUUGGCCCGUGUUGCAGCGAAUAAGGAUGAGGAGGCAAGGAGAGCUAGGAUUGCAGGUCGUGUGUGAGAGAGUAGAGAAUAGUUUCACCUCUAAGCCACACCGGCCUGCCAACCUGCUUUACAUUGGAUUGGAGAAAUCUGUCAUUUCGACGGGAAGGCUACGUUGGACCAGAGAUAGAUGCGGGAAUCCACCGUAGUUUCCUGUCCGUCCUAAACCCACCCCUCGGAUCUGUCCAGAAAAGCCAUUCAUGCAGGCGUCGGCUUUGCCCUGUCUGGGUGGGGGGAAGGGCUGAGUUGUUCGUGUACUACACCAGCCACCAGACGCGCGAGAUCGUCGAUUUGAUGAAGAUCCUUCAUCGGAGGAUACGGUACGGCAUCGAAUCGCUUGCCUGCAUCAUUAGCUCAUCCGAAGAUGGCCGUAACAUGCCGUUACCCAGAGAUUAGUUCCAAUUUAAAAUCAAGACUAAUUAGGAUUUUGAAGAACAACUAAUAAUGAACUUCGUUCUCCGACCAUGAAGAAAUUCGCGAGUAUUCU